CUAGUUAAGUUGAAGUUAGUUGUAUUUUGUGUUUUGAACAAAUGAGUGCAUUGCAUCUUGUGGAAUCGAGUGUUUUUAAUCCACACCCAAAAGAACCCAGACAAACGCUACAAUAUGAAAUAUAUAAAGUUGCUUGGUGUGUUUUUGGAUUCCUGUAUGGAGUGGAAUCAGCACUGUGACUAUGUAAUAAAGAGGCUUAAUUCCUUAUAUUAUCUAUUAUUAAAUUUAAGCCAUUUAUGGUGAAAUUAAAUCAAAU